AUGGUGAACAAGUCGAAGAAGUCUGUUUCGCCAUUGCAGACCAAUGCUGCUCCGGCAAGGCAGACUAGAAGUAGGAAGGCGAAAGCGGAGAAGAUAGAAAAGCAGGAGAAUGUAGAGAAGCGGGACGUCGAAUGGAGGCCGCCAGCCAACCAUCACCUUACCGACAGCCUGUUGACAGCCGUGGAGGCUAGCUCGACGUACAAGCAAGCCUUCGGAUUCGACAAAGGGCCAAAUGGUACCCCAGUGUCGGGUGUAGGAAAGAACAGUACUCAGCUCUAUCGACAACUUGCUCGCACCAUUUUCUUCAAUAAUCAGCGGAUCACCGAAGAGUACGUGGAUGAAGACCUGGAUCGCCUCUCAACGUGUAUCAAGAACCGUGUCGCCAACCUCAAGAAAAUAUAUCGAAAGCAGCGUCAGAUGUUAUCCGAGACUGGUCAAGGCCUCAUCGACGAUGAUCGGGAGCAUGAGAUCACGCCCGGAUCUACGCUUCAGAAUAUAUGGGAUAAAAUCCAGACCGCAUUCCCGUGGUACAAGCGCAUGAAUAUCCUCAUGGGUGCUAGUCCGAUUGUGGAUCGUUCUGCGAUUGCACAUAGUGGCACCAAAUUGGAUCUCUCCGCUCUUGGGUCAUAUGCAAAGCGAUCCAUUACCCAGGGCUCGAGUUCGGACAUCGACGGGGGUGGUGGCGAAGACACGGGAAAUGGUGACGGCACGGGCGAUGGUGACAACGUGAGCGAAAGUGGUGGUGACGCGGGUGGCAGGUACGACACGAGCGAUGGUCACGGCGAAAGCAACGGCACAGGCGACAGGCACCUUGCUGGCGGCGGGUACGUUGCGGGUGACAGCUACGACACGAAUAACGGGUAUGUCGUGGGCGGUGGGUACGACACGAAUGGUGGAUAUGUCUUGGGCGACGUGUACAGCGUGGGCAGGGGGUAUGGCGCGGAUGAUGGGUAUACCCUGAGUGGUGGGUACGGCACGGGCAGCGGGAACGAUCCGGGUGACACUGGAGCGGCAGCAUUCGCAGACAAGGAUAUACCGACGCCUUCUGCUCGUCACCGGAGCUUUCGCCGCUCCAGCGGGGAUAGCAGCUCUUAUUCUGGCCACCCCGGGUCAGAGAUCUCAUCCAUCACUGACUCUCAUGUGGGUUCGCCCCACUUGGAUAACGUGCUGUCAUCGCCAACUACCUCUAAGCCACAGGAUCAGAAGCAGAUAGAGACUGCAGUGUUGUUGGCGCCUGGAGUUAACAGUAACAGUGGCUCGGCCAAACGCAAAUCUGACGAGCUGGAUACCACGACUGGCAAGCUCGAGGAUGCUCAGUCGAAACGGAAGAAGGAGAACAAUCCUUUUGACCGUCUCGACAAGAUCUCGGAGGCUGAGCAUCGCGUCCGAAUAGAGCUCAAUCAGCAGAAGAACAGAUUCGAGGCAGAGGAGUCCGAACACCGUCGCCGGCAUGAACUGCAGAUGAUGCAAGCUCAGAUAGAGCUUGCACGGAUCCAGCACGGUCUCAGUUCCAGCAGUGUCAACAACCCCGCAUUGGGGUCCGAUCCGGCGAUAUUCAUGGAAUACUCCGAAUAG